CAAACCCGAUCAGUGGAAUGCCCAGCUGCGACUGCGCACGGUCACCUCAGGCCGAGGACGGCAGAGGGUCUGUGAUUCUACAGUGCUGGAGCCUGGAGGCCUGCCUCUGUUCUUCUGAGCUAUGGAUGGGAGAGACAGGAGGGCGCUGGUGAGGGAAAUCCUGAGGGACAAAAAGACUUGGUUCGCUUCGUUUCUUGUCUGCUGGGCUGCUGCUCUUCAGGCACAUAUCAACUGGGUUAAGAAGCAGGACACCUUCAUUGAUAAGUUUGGUACUCCAGAGCAGAAGGAGGCACUCAAAGCAAAGCAUGAAGCAGCUGAGGAAUCUGCUCACUGAAAGAUCCUGACUUGUCAAAGAACCUAGAUAAAUUCGGGAAACAAAUUCUCGACUCUCAGAAUUGUCUACCUAAAAAUAAAUGAAGCAACAAAUUCUUGCUUCUCAGCAUUGAGAAGUUAGCUGAGAUUACUUCUAGGUAUGUGAAAAGCCUCUGUGGUUGUUUGGUCUUCUAUCUUUUGAUAGGCAAGGUGGAGGAUGGGCCUUUGAGAUUCUAACAUAAUUCUCAGUGUGACAUACUUUUUCGUUUGCUCUUCUGCAGUUUGUCGAAAUAUGUAACAAAGAUAAUGUAGAUUUUGGCCAUGAUUGCAAAUUUUGUGGGUCCAUGCUCCUGGGAACAUUUUAAGCGAUGCCAGAAGGCCCAAAACAUUGUACUGGGUCUCUGCUUCGUUUUUCUUUUGUAAAGAAAAUGUUUGAAAACGUUAGUCUGGUCAAAUAUGUAAGCUCAGUGGGAGUAGCUCAUGUCGGUGCAGAUUAAAGCAGGUCAGGAUUUUCAAGCACAAGCUAGUCAAAAUCAUGAGAUUCAUACUGAUAGUCCUGGAUUGUAGAUCUCCGCUUCCUUUGCUGUUAAUGAAAGUAAAUUGGUUUCAUCA